AUGCAGUAUGCACCGGUGUGCGCGUCGGCGCGUGCUAACCACCGCCCAAGAGCGCCCGGGGCGGCCGCGAGCGGGCGCGCGCGCCCGUCGCCAGUGGCCGAGGCGACGCGACGCGACGCGGGGCGAGGCGCCAUGCCGGUGGGCGAGGCGCUGCAGCUGGAGCUGCUGCCGCUGCGGGAGCUGCUGGGCGGCGCGCCCCCCGACGAGGGCUUCGAGCGCUUCUCGCUGGGAUUCGCGCCCUCUCGUGUAACUGGAACGAUUGUAACACCUUGUACUGGUGACACUGGCUCGAGGAUUUUGAAUGGAGAAGUUAGGCCGACGGACGACGAGCUGUCGUCGUCGUCGUCGUCCUCGGCGUCGUGGGGCGGGGCGUGCGGGGCGGCGGCGGGCGACGGCGCCUCGUGGCGGCGGCCGCCGCGGCGCCAGCACUGGGCCAACAAGGCGCAGUUCGUGCUGGCGUGCAUCGGCUACAGCGUGGGCCUGGGCAACGUGUGGCGCUUCCCGUACCUGUGCUACAAGUCGGGCGGCGGCGUCUUCCUCGUGCCCUACCUGCUCAUCCUGGUGGUGUGCGGCGUGCCGCUGCUCUACAUGGAGCUGGCCGUGGGGCAGUUUACGCGCCGCGGGCCCAUCGGCGCCCUGGGACAGCUCUGCCCCAUCUUCAAAGGAGCGGGGCUGGCGAGCGUCGUCAUCUCUUUCCUCAUGUCCACCUACUACAACGUCAUCAUCGCGUAUGCGCUCUACUACUUCUUCUCGGCGUUCAAGUCGGACGUGCCGUGGGCGUCGUGCGGGCACUCGUGGAACACGCCGCAGUGCUGGCGGCCGGGCGACGGCGUGCUGCAGAUCAGCGUGGGGCUGGAGCAGCUGGGAGCCGUGCGCUGGGAGCUGGUGGCGUGCCUGCUCUUCGCCUGGGUGCUCGUCUACUUCUCCCUGUGGAAGGGCGUGCGCUCGUCGGGGCGCGUGCUCUACUUCACCGCCACCUUCCCCUACGUCGUAUGGGUGAACGCGCUGGCCCAAAAUUUUAACUCAUUCGGAAUAGCGUUUGGUUCCAUCAUUUCCUUCUCCAGUUACAACCGAUUUCAUAAUCAGAUAUUGGUUGACACGCUGGCGGUCACCAUUAUCAAUGCCUUCACCAGCAUCCUAGUGGGCAUUUUUGCCUUCGCGACGAUCGGCAACAUCGCCUCAGAGAUGGGCAAACAUGUCGAAGACGUCGUGGCAGAUGGACCGGGACUGGUGUUCGUAGUUUACCCGCAAGCUAUGACCAAGAUGCCGGCCAUCCAGCUGUGGGGAGUCCUCUUCUUUUUCAUGUUGCUCUGCCUAGCACUCAACAGUCAGGGCGGGAUGUACUUCUUCCAGCUGAUCGACCACUUCGCGGCGUCCAUCUCCAUCAUGUACCUGGCGUUCUUCGAGGCGAUCGCCGUGGCGUGGCUGUACGGCGCGCGGCGCCUGGCGCGCGACGUGCGCGCCAUGACGGGGCGCCGGCCGUCGCUGUACAUCCGCAUGUGCUGGUGGGGUGCGGCGCCGCUGCUGCUGUUCGCCGUGUGGGUGUUCAGCCUCAUCGACUACGAGCCGCCCACCUACAACAACGGCGCCUACCGCUACCCGUCGUGGGCCGAGGCGCUGGGCUGGGGCGUGGCGUCGCUCUCGCUGCUCUGCAUCCCGGUGUGCGCGGUCGCCGUGGUGGCGCGCGCGCCCGGACACUCCUUGUUCCAGAUAAGACGUAUUCUUUGGCUCUAG